AUGUCACGUCCACCAGCAACAGCAACACCACCCAUACAACAACCUGUUGCUCAAUUAGAAAGUUUUCUUCGUACUGAUAUAAUAUGUGUUACAUUAAAAUUUGGUUUUCAACAAAAAUUAUUUAAAUAUCCAGUUAAUGAUACAUCAAGUUCAAUUAUUGAAAAAAUCUAUCGUGAUGCCGAAGCUUGGCUACGAUCAAUUUUAACAAAUACAAAAAAUUUACAAAUGGUUGAUCGUUAUACACUUUAUUUAUUUCGAAUUCCAACAACAGAUUUAACAAUGGUACCAAUUGCUCAAAUAUCUGAUAUUGAACAAAAUUCCUUAAUUGAAUUAGUUGUUGUACCUGUUGAAAUCAAUCAAAAUCCACAUGGUUUAUAUCGAUGUCAAUUAAAUGUACCAACAAAUUGUUCAAAAUGUUCACGACUUAUUACUGGAUUUUAUCGACAAGGUUUUCGAUGUCGAAAAUGUCGUAUGACAUAUCAUAAAGAUUGUGCACCAUUUUUACUUGAUGAUUGUUCAAUAAUUACUGAUCCUCCAUCACCCACACGAAAAUCUCAAGUUUCUUUUGUUAAUCCCUUUGUCCCAGCACCAAUUUCAUCAGCAAAUUCAACAUUAGGUGCAGAUGAUACAACCAUACCUAUUUAUAGUCCAUCAACAAAUACUUCAAAAGAAAAUGAACAAUCCGUAGUCGCUACAACUAUUAUUGAUGAAGGUAUUUUUCCGGCAUGUAUUGGUGGUAGUAAUAUCUAUCAACGAUAUUUAUUUCGUUUAACACGAAUGACAUUGACAUUAACAACAAAUUUAUCAAAUUUAACUACUGCACAAUUACAAACACGUCAAUCAACUGAUGUAAAUACAGUUUUUCCAUUAGCUGAAAUCAAUGAUUUAAUUUUAACACAUUUUAUGGAUGAUCGUGAUCAUGUAUUUGAAAUACAAUUUCAAGGAAAAUUUAUUUUAUGUGUAGGAAAAAAAAGUGAUUCGGAUGAUUUACAAAUGCAAACAGCACAAUUUUAUUCAUCAAUUCGAGAUCAAUGGGAAGCCUUAGCUAACAAUGGAUCAUCACAAGCACAAACACCAGCUGGAACUGCUAAUGCACCAACAUCGUCAACAUCAACAACUAAUACAAAACAAGCGAAUGAUUUAAAACGAAGAAGAAGUAUUUAUCGACGUCCACCACAAGGAAGAGACAAUGAAGAUAAAGAUUUACAUGAGCUUUAUGUAUUUACUGGUGAAAAGAUUGGAGAAGGUCAAUUCGGACGAGUAGUAGGUGCUAUUCGUAAAUCAACAAAUCGUAAAGUUGCUAUAAAAUGUAUUGAAAAAGCAAAUUGUAGUGAAGAAGAUAUUCGACGAACAAAUGAAGAAAUCGAUCAUCUUUAUAAAUUUAAUCAUGUUAAUAUUCUUAAACUUGAAGCUUAUUUUGAACGUGGAGAUGCUGUUUAUAUCAUAACAGAACGUAUGGAAACUGAUAUGUGUAAAUAUAUAAUGGAAUCACCAAAUAAAUGGCUUGAUGAAAAUAUGAGUAAAAUGCUUAUCUAUCAAGUUAUUAUUGCAUUAAGAUAUUUACAUUCAAAUAAUUGUGGUCAUCUUGAUGUUAAAUGUGAAAAUAUUCUUAUAUCAUUUCUUAAACCAAUAUUAACAAAUAAAGAUAAUACGAAACCACAACCAUCUUUAAAGUAUAAAACUGAUUUACCAUUAGUAAAAUUAGCUGAUUUUGGUUAUUCAAGAAUUAUUGGUGAACAUUCAUUUCGUAAAACACGUGUUGGAACAAAAGUAUAUUGUGCACCUGAAAUUUAUCGAAGUAAAGAAGGUUAUAAUCGUUUAGUAGAUAUGUGGAGUGUUGGUAUUGUUCUUUAUGCUGCUCUAUCAGGUACAUUACCUUAUGAUGAAAAAGAUGUUCCACGUGCUGAAGAAAUCGUACGUAAUAAAAAAUUAAUGUAUUCACAUGCACGAUGGAGAGAUAUAACAGAUGAAGCAAUUGAUCUUAUAUCAAAUAAACUAUUAGUUGUUCAACCACAUACACGUAUUAGAUCAACUGAAGCACUUUUUCAUGCAUGGUUUACAGAUUUUCAUUUAUAUAAAAGUUUACGUGAAAUUGAAAAACGAAUAGAACAUGAUUUUGCAGCAAAACAACAACAACCGCCAUCAUCAUCCAAUUGGCUUACUGGAGAACGUGAAGAUCAUGUAUGGGUAGAAUUUAAAUCUAUGUAUGAAAAAACAAUUGAAUCAUAA